UUUGAGCUUUAUAAACGGUCUGCUGUGUAUGUAAACAAUGGAUUAUUAUCUUGAUCCGUAUUUCUCCUCCUCGUGGUUGACAGAUGUGAACGUUAAGGAAAUAUCAUCUUGGUUCCAUGCUGAACCUCAUCAACUAAAUCAGGUGUUACCUAGUUCACUAGGAGUGUAUCAAGAUGAUGGAAACGGUUCACCUUUAAGCAUGAUUGGUUCGAAUCAUAGCAUGGAGUGUUUAGCUACACAUGAUAAUAAUCCACCUCUAGUUCACGUUGAAGCUGGUUUGAUGUCUGGGGAAGGUGGAUUACAAAUGGAUGGUGAAAAUUGCAGUGGUAACUCUUCAAAAGAGUUGCUGAAUGGAGGGUUUGGAUUUGAAAGUCCGGGACUGCAAUAUAAUACAGCUGUUCAUUCAGAAGAUCUUCCAGUUGUUGGUGAUAUGACCCCAUCUCUUUCGUUUAAUGAGAGAGGGCACAUGAUAUGCAAUGGAGGUGAAACUCUUUCUCCAAUCCCACAAUUAUGGCAUCUACAACACCAUGACUCUGUUAGUUCCCUUCCCACUUUGAUGAGACAAACCAGAAUGCAAAGCUCUUAUCUUCAAGGAGAGAGCGGAAAUGUAGACGAUGAAGGCAAUAUUGACAGAGUUAUUGAGAUUGAUAAGAUUCUGCAACCAGAGAAUUUAUCUGCAUCCGUCAAUCCAAAGGGACAGCAAGAUAUGCAAAAUUAUAUCUACUCUUCUUUUCCUGCUGAUCACCGGAUAACGAAGACUAUGACCGGCUUACCAUCUCCGCUGCAGAGUGCAUCACCUAAUCCAAACAAUGGUUGCAAUGGAACUGUGAAGCCUCGAGUACGAGCACGUCGAGGUCAAGCUACUGAUCCACACAGCAUUGCAGAGAGGCUUCGAAGAGAGAAGAUAGCUGAAAGGAUGAAGAACCUCCAAGAGCUUGUACCUAAUUCCGUUAAGACCGACAAGGCCUCUGUACUUGAUGAAAUCAUACAGUAUGUCAAAUUUCUUCAACUCCAAGUCAAGAUAUUAAGCAUGCGCAGGUUAGGGGCCGCUGCUGCAGUUGUUCCUCUCAUCACUUAUGGUCAAGCUGAGGGAUCUAAUGGUUUAUCACUGGCACCAUUGUCGGGUGAAGGGUUUGAUUUUCCACCAUCUCCUGAUCAAGUUGUUUUCGAGCAAGAAGUGGUUAAGCUCCUGGAAUCUAAUGUGACAAAGGCCGUGCAAUAUCUACAAAGUAAAGGUUUUUGCCUUAUGCCGGUCGCACUAGCUGCUGCCAUAUCCAAUGGUAAGGUGUCGUCAUCCUCAUCAUCUCCAGCUCUGGUUUCCGAGGAGAGGAAGAAAUAUGACUUUUCCAACGGCCUCGUUCACAACACCUGCAGCAGCAGUGGCAGCAAUACCAUAGGCAGCAUGCCUGGUGUUGGUACUCGUAAUGUCAACUCCGAUGGCAAUUUUAUGCCCGGAAAGCUCAAUUCUGAUACCAUGGCCAAUAUUUGCAAUGAAAAAUUGACACCUUCAAACAAGAGGGAGUGAACACUCUGUGCACUACCAAAUGACUGAAUCCGAAAACCAUAGACGGCAAACUAGACCUCUAAUGUAUGUCAAUUAACCUAGUAGCAUAUAACACUUACUAGUCUAUCUUUGUUCCCAUUUCUGUUUUGUCUAAA